AUCCGGCUGGCAAAGAAAUUCCUCAUCAUUGUAAAAUUGGCCGCGGUGCACUGCACCAGCAUCCCUAUUGAUCCUUAUCCCAUUCUCCGCGUCUCCCUGGCACAUAACCAUACAAGAUCUCAUUUGACUAAUCAGAGACGACGGCGGGAUUUUGCCGGAGACGUUUAGUGUGCAGGUUGCACAUAUAUAUAUGUACAUAUUAUGUGUAUCUGUAUAUAUAUGCGCUGUCAUAUACUGCGCCCCUCGAAUGAGCCACCUACGCUGAUCGUGUGAGUAACAAACCUGUUUCCUCAUCACCCCAGUAGCAGCAAAUUACUCAGCGCUCGGUGUUGUUUUUUUCCGACGUCUUGUUUGGUCUGUGAGACGGUUAAAGGGCGCUUACAAUGUCAGAUGUGCGCCGUCGCGGAAUUUUAAAGACGCUGUGUAACAAGUGAUUGUUAAUUCAUAUCGGUACAAAAUCUAUAUACAGCGCACGGAGGAAUCUGCGCUUCCGAUGAUGAAGAACGGAUUAAUUAACCAUGAGGCGGUUAAUGGUGACAACAUGCUGUCGUCCGCUGACUAUGAACGGGAAGCCGAACGGAUACAUAAGGCGGUCAAAGGAUUAGGUACCGAUGAGAAGACCAUCAUUGACGCAUUAUCCCGGCUGAGAGUGGAGGAACGUGCGGAAUUACAGCGCGCCUACCGACGCCAGUAUAACAAGCCGUUAUUAGAUGUCCUCCGCUCGGAAACAUCCGGUGAUUUUAAAGAGAUUUUGGAAUUUUUAAUGCAAGACUCCAGUGAUACAGAUGCUUUCGUGUUACACGAAGCGUUAAAGGGAAAGAAGAAAGACAUGGAUUUGGUAAAUGGUAUUAUCAUCGGAAGUAAAUACGAGAACCUCGUAUUCGGAACGGAAAUUACUUACAGCCGAAAACAGAAUCGAUUAUUGAAAGACGAUAUUGCGUCGGAGCUGAAGCCCCGUGGCCAUCACCGGGAGCUUUUAUAUUGCAUUUUGAUGAAAGCCCGCGAAACCGACAACAUUUUGUCGGAUGAUCCGCUGUUCGAUGCACAGACUCUGUACGAGUGCGGUCCUAAGCAUGCCUACGCCAAUACGAGAAAAUACAUCGAAAUCCUAACCAAUCGCAGUAUUCCGCAUUUGCAUCAAGUAUUCGACAUUUUCCCUCAAAUUGCCGACGGAAUGACGAUAGAGGAAUCAAUCAAAUUUGAAUUCGAUGAUCCAAACGAACAGAAGGCAUUUUUAACGCUGGUAAAUUACAUAAGAAAUCCUUACCGGUUCUAUGCGGACCAGCUGCACAAUGCCUUUGUCAAAUCAAACAACCGGGCAUUAUCCAGAACCAUAGUGUAUCUGGCGGAUAAUCAUCUUCUAGAACGUGUGAAUCAAGAAUUUCAGCAAAAUUACCGCAGUUCUUUGGAAGUUGUCAUAAAGCGGGAAACAUCCGGUGAUCACAAACGUCUCCUCGUGGCGCUGCUGACAAAGCAUCAAGGACCGGAUCACUCCUGAUAUUACUGACAAAUGGAGCCUGAUUAAACUUCUAAUCACCUGCAUACAAAAACGUACAUUUUGGCACACUGCGCGCUUUUGCUGCAUGCUACCUCUGAUAAUUGUCGGUAUUAUUGUGCCCCAUGGGACCAUGCUCGGAUGACACAUAACUGCUAAUUAAUUUGUUUUAAUAGUAUACGGUAAUUAAUAUUAUGUUAUUACACUGAACUAGGGAACACUACGUUAGUGUGAGCAGCUUUAUAUUCGGCAUAUUUAUGAGUAUUUCAAAACAUACAGUUUGACGUUGAGUCUAAUGAAGUGAUCUUAAUAAAAUCUAUGCAGCU